UUGGUUGUAACCUGAUUAAAAAAAUAAUAAUAAAAUAAAAAAUAAAAAAAAUGAAGUAACAAUACGGCCCUUGCGUUCAAUCCAUCAUCAAUGGCUUCCUCAGCUGCCACUCCUCCAGCAGACCGAAUUGAUGUAUUCUGGCACGAGGGCAUGCUUUGUCAUGAGGCGGGCAUUGGCGUUUUCGAUUCUGGAUUGGACCCUGGCUUCCUCGAUGUGUUAGAGAAGCACCCAGAGAACUCCGACAGGGUCAAGAAUAUGCUUUCCAUCCUCACCAGAGGUCCUAUCUCCCCCUACAUCUCUUGGCACUCCGGAAGACUUGCUCUCGUCUCUGAAUUGCACUUGUUCCACUCUCCAGAAUAUGUAAAUGGUCUGGUUGAAGCUGAUAGAGAUGGAGGAGGUAAGAUGAUUUGUGCUGGGACUUUUUUGAACCCUGGCUCAUGGGAUUCUGCGCUUCUUGCUGCCGGUACUACUCUAUCUGCCAUGAAGCAUGUGCUUGAUGGACAUGGCAAAAUUGCCUAUGCAUUGGUUAGGCCUCCGGGUCACCAUGCACAGCCUACUCAAGCUGAUGGGUACUGCUUCCUUAACAAUGCUGGUCUUGCUGUUCAAUUGGCUCUAAACCAUGGCUGUGCAAAGGUUGCUGUGGUGGACAUUGAUGUUCAUUAUGGCAAUGGAACUGCUGAAGGGUUCUACCGCUCAGAUAAAGUUCUUACAAUCUCCCUCCAUAUGAAUCAUGGUUCAUGGGGUCCAUCUCAUCCGCAGACUGGAUCUAUUGAGGAGCUUGGUGAAGGAGAGGGGUUUGGCUAUAAUUUGAAUAUACCCCUGCCAAAUGGAACAGGGGAUCGAGGGUAUAGAUAUGCCAUGACUGAGUUGGUUUCCCCAGCUAUUCAAAAGUUUGAACCUCAGAUGAUCGUUUUGGUCGUUGGCCAAGAUUCAAGUGCUUUUGAUCCAAAUGGAAGGCAAUGCUUGACAAUGGAGGGUUACAGAGAGACAGGGGGAAUAAUUCGAAACCUGGCAGAUACACACUCUGGUGGACGCCUUGUUAUUGUGCAAGAAGGAGGAUAUCAUGUAACAUACUCAGCCUAUUGUCUUCAUGCAACACUUGAAGGUGUGCUCAAGUUACCAUCUGCUUUAUUGUCCGAUCCCAUUGCAUAUUAUCCAGAAGAUGAGACCUUUUCUGUAAAAGUAAUUGAAUCUGUAAAAAGGUACCAGAAAAGCAUUGUUCCGUUUCUAAAAUGAGCUUAAAUUUGGAGUAGUUUGCUUUGAAUCCCAUUUUCUGUUUGUAGUUUUCCUAUCCGGUAUAUAUGACAUAUUUAGUCAAUUCAAAAAGCUUGUUCUUUUUUGUAA